AUGCCUACUGGCUUACAUUUUCUUCUCCAAAUCUUUGAGAAGUGUGCGGAUGCCAGUCUAAAUCUUGAUUCCGCUGCAGUUUGCUGUGCAGUUGAGAAGUGUGCAGUUUGCUGUGCAGUUAAGCCCACGACCACCACCACCACUUCCUCCACUCCCACUUCUCCGCUCUCACCCCACACCAAUGCCAUGACUCCCCUCCUCCUCCUGUGCCUCCUCCUCGCCACCGCCGCCGCCGCCACGCCCCUCCCCGCCAACUUCACCCGCCUCCUCGCCGCCAAGGCCGCGCUCUCCGACCCCGCCUCCGCGCUCGCGGCAUGGGACCCGUCCCUGCCCCCCUCCCUCUCCCCGUGCCGCUGGCCGCACGUCCUCUGCCGGUCCUCCGCUGACCCAGCCAUCGCCUCGCUCCUCCUCUCCAACCUCUCCCUCGCCGGCGCGUUCCCGACCCAGCUCUGCUCGCUGAGGUCCCUCCUGCGCCUCGACCUCUCCUACAACUCGCUCGCCGGCCCCCUCCCUCCCUGCCUCGCCGCGCUGCCGAAUCUGAGGCACCUCGACCUCGCCGGGAACGCCUUCUCCGGAGAGGUGCCCAGCAGCUACGGCGCGGGGUUCGCCUCGCUCGCCACGCUCAGCCUCGCCGGCAACGACCUCUCCGGCGAGUUCCCGGCGUUCCUGGCGAAUGUCAGCUCCCUCCAGGAGCUCCUGCUCGCGUACAACCCCUUUGCGCCGUCGUCUUUGCCGGAUGCUUUCGCCGAUGGGCUCCCGCGCCUCCGCGUGCUGUGGCUCGCUGGGUGUUGCCUCGUCGGGCGGAUACCGUCUUCCAUUGGCGCUUUGAGGAGCCUCGUCAACCUUGACCUCUCCACCAACAACCUCACCGGCGAGAUCCCGGAGAGCAUCAGGCGCUUGGAGAACCUCGUCCAGAUCGAGCUCUACAAGAAUAACCUCUCCGGGAGGCUGCCGGGGGGAAUGGGCGGGCUCAAGAAGCUGAGGUUCUUGGACGCCGCCAUGAACAGGCUGUCCGGCGAGAUACCGGCGGACCUGUUCCUCGCGCCGAGGCUGGAGAGCUUGCACCUGUACGAGAACGAGCUGUCAGGCCCCGUGCCGUCGACGCUGGAUAAGGCGCCUGCGUUGAACGACCUGAGGCUGUUCAGUAACCGCCUCGUCGGGGAGUUGCCGCCGGAGUUCGGGAGGAACUGCCCGCUCAAGUUCCUCGACCUGUCAGACAACGGGAUUUCCGGCCGCAUUCCGGCGACUCUCUGCAGCGCGGGGAAGCUGGAGCAGCUUCUGAUCCUGAACAACGAGCUCUCGGGCUCGAUUCCGCAGGAGCUGGGGCAAUGCCGGACGUUGACGCGUGUGCGGCUGCCCAACAAUCGGCUGUCUGGAGCCAUGCCGCCGGACAUGUGGGGCCUGCCACGCCUGUACCUGCUGGAGCUCGCCGGCAACGCUCUGUCCGGCACCAUGGGGCCAACCAUUGCCUUGGCGAAGAACCUAUCGCAGCUGCUGAUAUCAGACAACCACUUCGCCGGCGUGCUGCCGGCGCAUAUAGGCAGCUUGACAAGGCUGGUCGAGCUGUCGGCCGCCAAUAAUCAGUUCUCUGGUCCUCUGCCGGCGACACUCGCUGAUGUGUCCACGCUCGCCCGGCUUGAUUUACGGAAUAAUUCCUUCUCCGGCGAGCUGCCACAUGGUGUUCGGCGGUGGCAGAAGCUAACACAGCUCGACCUUGCCCAUAACCGUCUCACCGGGAACAUCCCGCCGGAGCUCGGGGAGCUCCCUGUGCUGAAUUCGCUUGACCUGUCCAACAACGAGUUCACCGGCGGCGUGCCUGUGCAACUGGAGAGCCUUAAGCUGAGCAUGUUCAACCUGUCCAACAACCGGCUCGCCGGCAAUUUGUCUCCUCUGUUCUCCGGCGACAUCUACGAUGACAGCUUCUUGGGCAACCUAGCCCUCUGCCGAGGCGCAUGCUCCGGUGCGCGGAGAGCAGCCACCCGCCGCCACAGCCUCGUCGGGAGCGUCGAGUCCGUGCUCACCUUUGCCGUCGCCAUACUCAUCCUUGGCGUCGCGUGGUUCUGGUACAAGUGCCGGAGCCAGAGCCAGCACAAGAAGCGCGGCGAGGAGCCCGGCGAUAGCAAGUGGAUAGUCACGUCGUUCCACAAGGUGGAGUUCGAGGAGGAGGACCUCCUGAGCUGUCUCGACGACGAGGACAACGUGGUCGGCACGGGCGCGGCGGGCAAGGUGUACAGAGCCGUCCUCGGGAACGAGGAUGUCGUGGCCGUCAAGAAGCUGCGGGCCGUCGGCGGCGCCGCCGCGGCGAGGAAACACAAGGGCAUGACGGAUACCUUCGAGGCGGAGGUGGCGACGCUGGGCAGGAUCCGGCACAAGAACAUCGUGAAGCUGUGGUGCUGCCUCCGCAGCGGUGACCGCGGCCUGCUGGUCUACGAGUACAUGCCCAACGGCAGCCUUGGCGACCUCCUCCACGGCGGCAAGGGAGGCCUGCUGGACUGGCCGAUGCGGCGCAGGAUCAUGGUCGACGCGGCCGAGGGGCUCUCCUACCUCCACCACGACUGCGCGCCGCCGAUCGUGCACCGGGACGUCAAGUCCAACAACAUCCUGCUGGACGCCGAGUUCGGCGCCAAGAUCGCCGACUUCGGCGUCGCCCGGGUCAUCGACGACAACCGCGGCGGCCCCAACGCCGUGUCAGCCAUCGCCGGCUCGUGCGGCUACAUCGCUCCCGAGUACUCGUACACGCUGCGCAUCACGGAGAAGAGCGACGUGUACAGCUUCGGCGUGGUGAUGCUGGAGCUGGUGACCGGCAAGAGGGCCGUGGGGCCGGAGCUCGGCGACAAGGACCUGGUGAGGUGGGUGCGCGGCGGCGUCGAGCGCGAGGGGCUGGACUCGGUGCUGGACCCAAGGCUCGCCGGCGAGUCGUGCACCUGCAGGGACGAGAUGCGCAGGGUGCUCGGCGUGGCUCUGCUCUGCGCGUCCAGCCUCCCGAUCAACCGGCCUUCGAUGAGGUCCGUCGUGAAGCUGCUCCUCGAUGUCAGCAGCAAGCCCGCCGUGUUGGUGGAGGAGAAGGAAGCUCUUCGUGUGUGA